CACACGACACACACAUUUCAUUGCCUGAUGCCUGUUUUGACGGUUGACGGUUGACUUAUUUAUACUAUUUACGAUAGGAGUUUUUAAAUUCCAAACUUUUUUAAUAUAAUUAACUGCAAGUUAAUUUACUUUAUAAAGUAUUAAGGAGUUCCUAAUAAACUAGUAUGGCAGAUGAAGAAUAUGAUGAUAACGAUGUAGCAGACGACUUCGAUGACGAUGUUGAAGAUGACAACAUUGAGGAAUUGGAACAACCAGAGGAAGAAACUGAUAACAUUGAUAUUCUUCAACCAGGUCAAGCAGGUGGUGGAGUUCCAAAAAAUAAAAGAAUCACAACAAAAUACAUGACGAAGUAUGAAAGGGCAAGAGUGCUCGGAACAAGAGCUCUCCAAAUCGCUAUGUGUGCCCCCGUAAUGGUUGAGCUUGAUGGAGAAACAGACCCCCUCCAAAUUGCCAUGAAAGAGUUGAAACAAAGAAAGAUUCCAAUUAUCAUAAGGAGGUAUUUGCCAGAUCAUUCUUAUGAGGAUUGGGGGAUUGAUGAACUAAUUAUCAUUGACCAUUAAGUUAUAAAUGAGUUUUUUUAAUUGUAAAUAAACCUUUUUUGUAUGUAAGUAAA